AUGACGCUGUGGACGGAUAGGUAUAGACCGACAAAGUUUAUCGAUUUGAUAGGAGAUGAGCGAGUGUUCCGUAGCGCAAUGUCUUGGCUCAAAGAAUGGGAUCAAUGCGUUUUCAAACAUGAACGCAGCGCAGCUUCUAGACGAAAGGUUGCCAAGAAGCGUUCAGCUCAGGCCGCUUUUGCUGCUUCUGCCAAAGGUCCAGCGACCAAUUUUACUCCCGAUCCUUUGGGUCGACCGCAAGAGAAAGUCUUGUUGUUGUGCGGAGCACCAGGAUUGGGUAAGACUACGAUGGCACAUGUCCUUGCGCAACAGGCUGGUUACGAUAUUGUCGAGAUCAAUGCAAGUGAUGAUAGGACGACCAAGGUAGUUACCGAACGAAUCAAAAGCGCUUUAGAAACUCGGACUCUGGAUUCUGGUGCGCGCCAAGGAGGAGGAAUGACUUUCAAAGAUAACCGUCCGACAUGCGUGAUUAUUGACGAGAUUGACGGUGCGGCCGGGGGUAGCGAUGGUGGCUUUGUUAAGGCGCUUGUGAAACUGAUCACUGAUGGACUUUUGUAUCCAUUAGCGAGAGGCAAAAAGGCUGAAAUUAAACCUCUCGUACGACCCAUCAUCUGCAUCUGCAAUGAUUUAUAUGCCCAAACUCUGAGACCACUGCGCUCCAUCGCCCGCAUCAUCCGAUUCGCAACACCCACUCCGAUGACCAUCAUCAAAAGACUACAGACAAUAUGCGACAUGGAAAAAUUGAAGGCUGAUCUUCGAAAUCUCACAUUCCUAGUGAAAAUCGCUUCUGGCGAUUUGAGAAGUUGUCUGAACACUUUACAAGCAGUACAGAGCCAGUCUAGUGUUGCUAGUGAAUCAGCUAUCAGAAGCGCUGCGAUAGUGGGGAUGAAGGAUGUUGGUACUUCUGUUCGAAGCAUCUUAUCCAAGCUGUUCAAGUUGCCAAAGAAGGCCAAGGAAGGAGAAUCAGGUUUGGAUUCAUCCUCUCUCUCGGAAUUGGUGCAGGACAUAGAAACAUGCGGAGAACACAAUAGGAUCAUACAAGGAUGUUUCGAAUAUUAUCUGUCAGCCAAAAGGCCUACAGAUUUGUGGGCGACUUAUGAAUCAGUUCAUGAGUGGCUCAACUUCUCCGAUCGACUUGAGCUUAAAAUCAAAUCCGAACAAAGCUACAGCAUGACGUUCUAUUUUCCAUUCGUAAUUGCAGCUUGGCGCGAAUUGAUGGGCAAGAUUUCGAAUACAGCUCCCGAAUAUCCGAGAAUCGACUACGAGAUGUCUCUGAAGACGGCUGCACAUCAAGAAUUCUUAGCGUCCUUCAGACAAGCGAUGCCGCCAUUGAUGAGAGUAUCUUUCAUGACAGAAGUCGUGAUCAGCGAACUGAUACCACAUUUGAUGCGGAUCAUCUCACCCGACUUGAGACCGGUCAAUUCGCAACUGAUUAGGCGCGAAGAGCGCGAUGUGAUGAUGCGAGUAGUCAAUAUUAUGCUCGACUUGGGUCUGAAGUUGAUACACGACAAAGGGGAAGAUGGACAGUUGUCAUUUGUCUUAGACCCUCCCAUUGACCUCUUUACUCAAUACGAGGGAAAACGUCCUCAAGAUAUUCCGGCUCCCCGAUAUGGAGUCCGUCAGAUGAUUGCUAGAGAGGUAAGAUUGUGUGUUUUUUGUGUGAUUCACGUGCGUAAUCAGUACCAGAAAUCAAUCUGUUUGAUGCCUCCCAUCUACUAG